GCCCAGCAUGUCAGGGAUGUACCUGGUGAAGAAAGGGCGGGAGCAGAGGAAACUGGACCUCCACAGGGACUUCACGGUGGCGUCACCUGCUGAAUUCGUGACUCGUUUUGGAGGAAACUGUGUGAUUGAAAAGGUCCUGAUCGCCAACAAUGGCAUUGCGGCCGUGAAGUGCAUGCGCUCCAUCCGCAGGUGGGCCUACGAGAUGUUCCGGAAUGAGCGGGCCAUCCGGUUUGUGGUGAUGGUGACGCCCGAGGAUCUGAAAGCCAACGCAGAAUACAUCAAAAUGGCGGACCAGUACGUGCCCGUCUCCGGAGGAACCAAUAACAACAACUACGCCAAUGUAGAACUGAUCGUGGACAUCUCGAAAAGAAUUCCUGUGCAGGCUGUCUGGGCUGGUUGGGGUCAUGCCUCCGAAAACCCCAAACUUCCGGAGCUGCUGCAGAAACACGGGAUUGCUUUCCUAGGUAGGUGUCUUUGUGUCGGCACCUUCAGCUAAGCACCAGAUGGAGCAGGAAAUGCUGCUCUCCGCCACCUGCAGACUCUCCUUUCCCUAAGCAUCAUCGCCAAGCUGGAAUUUAUGUUGUGUUUUCCAUGCAACCUCUUGAAAUUUCACCCCG